AUGGAGUAUGUCACCCGAGGGGUCUGUGGCCAGGAGGGAUGUCGUGAGAGACGAUACUAUCUCGACAACGGCCUCUGGUUCUGCCGUCGUGGUCACUUGCAAGAGGGCCGACAAAUUGAAGAGGAUCCGGAUGAUUUCGGCACCCAGGGUAAAAAGCACCGGGUAAAGAAGGAAAAGGAAGAGAGGUCACGAAAGACAUAUAGUGGUCGCAGGGCGCAUACGCUUUUCUUGCAAGCUUACCAGCUAAUUCUUUGGAAACAAUGUCACGCCUUGAUUCAUGAUCAUGGCUUCCCAGAGCAAUUCGAGGCCGUUCUGCGCGACCUCUGGGUCUUGAGGCUGCAAGACUUUACCCUCAGGAUCAACGCGACGACAGACGACGAGGAAGAUGAUGAAAGAGAGCUGUUUAGCUCUCAGCCCGAGACUGAUAGCUCUGAUGACUUGGGCUUCAAGUCUAGGGGAGGGCGGUAUCUCGAAUGGCCGCGUCUACUAGACUCCGUUGGCCUUUGCUAUUUGGCAGCCGUGCUCAUGCGGCUCCCUGUCUGCGUCAGCGACCUUCAUCGCUUGAUCAUACGACAAGAUAUUCCCUAUAUCAGGGUUGCAAAAUCUAUUCCUCACGAGAUGAGAGAUAAACUCCCUCCUGAAUUUAUUGCAAGACUCGAUGUUCAUCAACUGCCCAAGUUGGAAACACUUCAUCGCGCUUUCGUGGACCUCAUUCUGCAUUACCAACACCGAUUUGAGAUCACUCUUCCGCCGCUAAAUUCCAACCUCAUCUUAUACCGGCAUAUCAAAAGACUUGCAAUUCCAAUUGAUAUUUAUGAGACUGUCAAAUUCCUGAACGGUCUUGUUGGCUUCAAGUAUGCAUUUGGUAGUACCAAGCAGAAACGCACCCUCGACCUACCCGAAGUCCAAUUAAUGGCGCUUAUUGUUGUUGCGACCAAAUUACUCUUCCCUUUCGACGACCUGGAACGCCAUCCUGCCACGACCAAAGAGCCUGCCAGUCAGGCUAUAAAUUGGUCCCUGUGGGCGCGAGCCCAGACUCACUUCAAUAACCGCGAGAAUGCCAACGGGGGCAUUGGCAAAGAGCAGGUCAUUCAACUCACUGAUGAAGAUGUUUUGAAUAUGGCUCCCAAUCAGCUCGACGAGUACAUGGACUGGUACGAAAGCAACUGGAUCGAUAGCUUCCGGCUGGCGAACCCUGUCGCAGACAUGUUCUCAACCAGCCGAACAACUGAGACGCCCGCCCCGCCGCAAGCCGUACCACCUUCGACCCUGACGACGGCUGCUAACACAGAAGAGGCCCUGAAAUCCUUGGUACAUGCAGUAAUGCAGGACUUGAAGGCAAAUGAAGUCAAUCCAGAUCCGGAAGAGGACGAUCGCCGGCCAGGUUCUUGGUACUGGCGAUAUCGAUGGGAAUCGCAACUUCCCGACACGGCCAGGCCCUUCUACGAACUGGCCGCUCAGAUUGCAGCUGUCUCGUUACAGACGCUUAUUCAUGCUGUUACCAUCACUGAAUAUAGGAUUGCAAAAACCGUGGAAGACAAACGGCGAGCGGAGUAUUUCAGUCAAGUGAUGGAUCUGGAUAUGGAGGGGGAGGCAGAUGAAGACAGUGCCGAUGGGAUGGACGAGAUUGAUGAGCAGCUUACUGGACUUGAUCGAGAAAUCAUCAAAUUGUCAUCGCCUCCUCCGCCUCGAACUCAGCGACCGACCGCCGACACCAACGAAAACUCGCAACCAUUGGCGCCUCCCGGCUACAAAGUCGCGGUCCAUGAAUUGAAGUAA